UUCUGUACUAUCUGGAGUUUUUGUACUGAAGGUGACAACACUUUCCUUCCCAGGAUUUUUUUUUUCUUCUUUUAUUUUUCACAAACUUUCUAUAAAGGGAAUGAAAUGGAGAAGUUGAAGAAAUAUGUAUCAGUGAAAGAUGAAGAUCACUUUUAUCAUCAGGGAGCUGUGGAACUACUAAUCUUUAACUUUCUGCUCAUUCUUACAAUAUUAACAAUUUGGUUGUUCAAAAACCAUCGAUUCCGCUUUCUGCAUGAAACUGGAGGAGCUAUGCUUUAUGGCCUUGUAAUGGGAUUAAUUAUACGAUAUGUGACAAAAUCACCAGAUGUUGAAAGUGGUACUGUUUAUGAAUGUGAAAAACUGAAAUCUGGGCCAUCCACUCUGCUUAUUAAUAUAACUAAUCAGGUCUAUGAAUAUCAAUACAAAAGAGAGAUCAGCCACCACAAUGUCAAUGGUCACCAGGGCAAUACAAUGCUUCAAAAGAUGACCUUUGAUCCUUCCAUCUUCUUCAACAUUCUGCUGCCACCCAUAAUAUUUCAUGCUGGAUAUAGUUUGAAGAAGAGACAUUUUUUCCGUAACUUAGGAUCAAUUUUAACCUACGCCUUUUUGGGAACUGCCAUCUCCUGCAUUGUCAUAGGGUUGAUAAUGUAUGGCUUUGUGAAGGCUAUGGUACACAUUGGCCAGUUAAAGCAAUGGGAAUUCCACUUCACUGACUGUUUAUUUUUUGGAUCGCUGAUGUCUGCCACAGAUCCAGUGACAGUCCUUGCUAUUUUCCAUGAGCUGAAUGUGGAUACAGAUUUGUACACACUCCUGUUUGGAGAGAGUGUCCUAAAUGAUGCUGUGGCUAUCGUGCUGACACACUCUAUAUCCAUUUACAGUCCCAAGGAGAAUCCUAAUGCUUUUGAUGCUGCAGCUUUCUUCCAGUCAGUGGGAAAUUUUCUGGGCAUCUUUGCUGGAUCAUUUGCCAUGGGAUCUUCUUAUGCUAUUGUCACAGCUUUAUUGACCAAAUUCACAAAGCUGUGUGAGUUUCCUAUGUUGGAGACAGGUCUGUUUUUCCUCCUAUCCUGGAGUGCCUUCUUAUCAGCAGAAGCUGCUGGGCUUACAGGUAUUGUUGCUGUCCUUUUCUGUGGAGUCACACAGGCCCAUUAUACCUACAACAAUCUGUCAACAGAUUCCAAAAUGAGAACUAAACAGUUGUUCGAGUUCAUGAAUUUUUUGGCUGAGAAUGUCAUCUUCUGUUACAUGGGGCUCGCACUAUUUACAUUUCAAAAUCACAUCUUCAAUCCUCUUUUCAUAUUUGGUGCUCUUGUGGCAGUUUUUGUAGCAAGAGCUUCCAACAUAUACCCACUUUCUUUCCUUUUGAAUUUGGGACGAAAACAAAAGAUUCCCAGGACCUUUCAGCACAUGAUGAUGUUUUCAGGUUUGCGGGGUGCGAUCGCGUUUGCGUUGGCCAUUCGUGACACGGAGUCGCAGCCCAAGCAGAUGAUGUUCACCACAGCCCUGCUGGUGGUGUUCUUCACAGUCUGGGUGUGUGGGGGAGGCACCACACCAAUGCUCACCUGGCUGCAGAUCAGAGUUGGCGUAGAUCCAGAUGAAGAUCUGAAAGCUAGAGCUGCAAGCCAGAGUGCACCUAACUUGGAUAAAAAUACAACCAAAGCUGAGAGUGCAUGGCUGUUCAGAAUAUGGUAUGGCUUUGACCACAAAUAUCUAAAGCCUCUCCUAACCCACGCCGGGCCACCUCUCACAUCCACAUUGCCUGAAUGGUGCAACCCGGUGGCCAGGAUUCUGACCAGCCCCAGGGCAUAUGGGGACCAACUGAAGGAUGGAGACACAGUUUAUAUCAUCAAUAAUGAUGAAUUGACUGAAAACUAUGAAUCAUCUUCUCACAUAGCAGUGCCAGCACAGGACAGCACAGCCUCCACCCAGGCUACAGGCAAGGAAGAUAUUCAGGAAGGAGACCUAGGAUUAGGAGGAUACAAACUCCAGCUUCAACACACUGCAGGUCAACCCUAGAACUCAUUGGCAUGAGCAGUGUAAUGUUAAUCACAAGAAAGAAGAUGAAAACAGUGAAACAAGAGAUGCUGUUAU